GUAAACGCACGCUGAGCUCAGUGAUUCCCCCAUUAACGAAAACAAGCGUGCACAUUAAAGUAGGUAACCACACAGACAAUGGCCUGUUCAGCGUCAAAUUUCACGUCGAUGGGUCGAUGAGCAUUUUCUGUGCGCGGAACCAUUAGUUGACCACCAUGCUACACACAUAGGUUCCACUCGUCCAUAUUGUGUGGUCCUAUCUGUAGGCAGCUUUUUUCUUCAAUCUGCAUAUAUCGUUAUUUAGUCCACGUGUUCUGAUUCCAGUUGAAACAUAACAACCACCAUGGAAUAAAAGAUUUCUGUACUAAAUAGAUCAUCGAGGUCAUUGUGUUUGUGAGCGGUUAUUACAUGUGUAGCCUACUACCGCUUAGUUCUCUGUCGUACGGCCUGUUAUUUCCUGCCCAACCAAGCAACAUGGCGCACCGUCUGACGUUUGUCCAGGCCGACUUCGAUCACUCCUUUUGACAAUUAAUCCACGUAUAUUGUACGCAGAAAUUAAUCUUAAUAUUGACAUUCGCGGAAAUAUUUUAGCCUAGGUUUAAACCUAUGGAGAUAUUGAUCAGUAACAGUAGCCUACUUUACGAAUGUAGGCUUUGUCAAAUCCUUUUGAUGGAUUAUGGGCACGUCAUUGUGUUUAUUAAUAGACCUAUUCGGGGAUGUUGGUAAACAAAUACACUGGAUAUAGUAACCCUGUUUUUAUUCGAUCGUUUUAGCUUAUUGUGCCAGACAGCCCUCAAGUACAAUUACAGUAUCGCCCAGGCUCUGAGUAAGAGGGGGGGGGGGGGGUGAGUGCCCCGGCCCAGAGUGUGCUGCAGACGGGGGGUUGGGUGGCUGUGCGGAUUGGUCGCUUUCUCACUUGCAGUCAGUCAGCCUCGGCUUGUUUUAACCUAACCAGGGGCACUUCGACAGAACGAUAAUAAGCAUGUAGUGUAUAAUAUUGUACUGUUGUAAUAGACCACUGUGUGACACAUUGACGCUUGCAGCCGUACAGAUUGUGGGAUGCUUUCAGUUUUAUUUUGUCAAGUGGUGAUUGUUUUUAAACGGGCCGCCGCCGCUGCUCAGGCAGAUGAAGUGGAGAGAAUGAGAGCCGAGUCUUGGCCUAGUGCUGCUGCUUGCUGGGAUUGUAGCCUCCAGAUCCGCUUUCACAAAUCGAAAAAAACACACGCUUCAUGUCCAAUUUCAAAAGACCCGCAGUUGGUUUCGUGGUAACCGACCUCCAAAUGGAAAGAGCCAUGACAACAUGAAUCAGUCAUACAGACGGGCUCCCAGGAGUGGCUCAGCCUAUGGCCAAGGCCAGCCAGAGCUGAGGACCUCCAACGGCCUCCCCUCCACCACACCUUCCUCAUAUGGAACCCAGAACAGCAGCUCCAAGCGCGGCCACGAGCAACCAGCCGCCAUGCACCUGGCUCCCUCCAGCCUCAGACCGGCCCCGGCUCAGGGACACAGCGGACCGGAGAGGUCCUCCCACGGCUACGGCUCGUUGAUCAGGCUCCAGGACCUCUCCACGAUGGGCCACGGCCGGCCAGAGCACCACAAGGACCUCCACCACGGCAGGAACCAUUUGCACUCGUCAAGUCCGCAAGGACGUUCCGACUUCGGGUCUCACCUCGCGCAGCGCCCCCCCUCUCCCGGUAACGACGAAUCCUUCGGGUCCCUUCAGGACCUAGACAAGAACGGCUUCUCCCCUCACAGCCCCGACAGCCUGGAGCCUUGCUCGCCCAUCCCAAACGGAUACCUGCACUUUGAGUCCACCCUGUUUGACAACGGGGACGCCAAGGAAGAGGAGGACGACGAGGACGAGCUGGUCCCCUUCCAGCCGUCCCUUGGACGCUUCAGGGACAGGUCAGCGACGGGGCUGCCGUCCGCCGCGCUCCCCGCCGUCCCCGGGCUGGAACACAGCGCGUACAAACCUGCCGUCUUCAACCUGAUGGCCAAGACCAUUUCGGAGCUCCACCCCGCCCUCAGCCCCAGCGCUCUGCCUGACGUGGGGAUGGGGGACAGUAUGGACGAGGAGUCGGACAGUGACAGUGAACUGGCCUCUACUCCAGACCACGGGUUGAUGUCGCCAACCAGCAGCUGUAACUCCAACCCCAGCAGCCCUAAAAAGAAGGCCGUGGCCCCUGUCAGGUACGUGGAGGGGGACCUGGUGUGGGCCAAGUUCAACCGUCGCCCCUGGUGGCCCUGCAAGGUCACCACGCACCUUCAGGACGGAGUCCACACCAAGAUGAAGGUGCCUAGUCGCAGGCCCUGCCGUAUGUACUUCCUGGAGACGGUGGGGGAGAUGGCGGACCACGCGUGGGUCCCAGGGAAGGCCACGCUGCCCUUCCAGGGAGGACACCAGUUCCAGAACCUUCCUGUGCUGAGACGCAGAGGCAGGCAGAGGGAGAAGGACUACAAGUACACGAUACCCAAGCGUCUGAUGGAAGCGUGGAAAGUCAGCGUGCUGGAGGCAGAGUUCCUGCUGCCAGACCUGCUGAAGAGGGAGCCCAAGGACCCCGCCGUGACCUUCAGCAGAGAAGAUGUGGUGCCCUCCCCAGUGCCUGAGGAGAAAGGCCCGGAAGCCCCCUCCUGCUCCGCUGGCCUCACGCACCCUCCCCUCCUCAGCCCCGUCGCCAACGGAGGCCAGCGGCAGCCCGUCAAGAACGCCGUAGACGCCCACCACGGCAACAAGAAGAAACCGUGUAAGAAGAAAAGAGGCUUGUCGGAGAUUUUCGGUCACAUCGUCGGGGGACACAAGGAGCCCUCCAGCAUCUCUGAAGUGGCGGACAGAAUCUCCGCUGUCGGGGAGACCCGGAGGGAGGAGGCCAGGGACUCCCCGUACGCUGACCUGGACUCGGUCCCCAUGAUCCUGUGUCCCAAACGCUCUCAGAAGCCCCCGCUUCAGAACUCUGACAAGGGCUCCAAGAAGGACCAGGCUCCUAAGAAGGCCAAAGAGAAGCUUCUGGAGAAACGUUUGCCACACCCCUCUCCCAAGAACGUCAAACCCAGCUCUUCAAGCCUUUCGGAAAGCUCUCCGUCGAUGCCUGAAGGCGGAAGUGGCAGGGAUGGGCGGCCCAGACAGCGCCUCAGUGAGGGUACUGAAAGCUCCCUGGACAAGCACUCUCUGCACCUCCCCGCCAGCUGUGGGCUCAUAACAAGAGCCUUGAAAGCCGAGGAGGAGACAGAGCUCAAGGCGGCGAGAGACGACAGAGCCUGUAGUGACGACGAGGACCACGUACUCUCUAAUGUCAGGCUCCAAACCGAGACGUCGUCUCACAGGGAGUCCUCCAGGGGAGGCUUAACAUCCACCGGCCUCAAGGCCGACAGGAACCACACCCGGAACGGUUCCUUCCGCCGGUCCGAGAAGCCGCCCGCCGCCGGGUCCAGCCACCCCGCCGUCCUCCCGCUCCAGAUCAAGAAGGAGAACGCGUUGUCGGACAUCUCGUCCUGCUCCUCGCCCUCCUCCUCCCUGUCCCCAAUGGACGCCUUCCAGGACAACAAGGAGCUGAGCUUCAAGUCCCUGGUGAAGGAGGAGAGCGACUCGGGCGAAUCCGGAACCUUCCGCCCCCACAGCGGCUACAAAUUCAGCACCUUCCUGAUGCUCCUUAAGGACAUGCACGAUACCAGGGCGAAGGAGGGCAAGCCUUUGGCCAUGCCCCCCAGCCCGGCCCUGAUCAAGGAGGAGCCCCUGGUCGUCCCCACCCACCCUGGGGACGACCCCUCCAGGGGGCGCGGCGGGGGGGACCGGGCCCCCAGGGCCACGGUGCGGAACGGGAAGCCCCCGUCGGCCAGGAGCAAGCCCAGGACCACCAGGCCCAUCAUGAAGAGCGACACCUACAAGGUGGAGGGGAGGGUGGUGUUCCCUCGGGCGGCGGGGACCCCGGACAAGCCGCGCAGGAAGACGCCGCCGGCCGGCAGGACGAGGCCCGGCGUCUCCGGCCUGACCCCGGAGCUGGCCGACCUGGCCUGGGGGAGGGAGUUCGUCAGCGGGCACGCCGACCUGGCUGAGUCCGGGUCGGCUCGUCCGGUCGUCGCCGCCGUCGUCGCGGCGGCCGAGCCGUCGUCCAGCUACCUCGACAAGAGCUCAGACUGCAAAGUGGCUCCGAAGAAGCGCUGGCAGGCGUUCGAGGGGGGCCUGGGCGGGGUUUCGGCUCUGGGGGCCGGGGCAGAGGUGAACGGGGUGCACAGAGACAAGCUGGGGGGGUGCCCGGACCCCGUCAGGUCCCCUGGUGCGACCCUGGAGAGGCUGGACGAGGGUUACUCAGACAGGACGGACGCAGCAGCACACUCUGAAAACAAACGUCUUCGAAAACCCAGUAAGCGGCUCCUGGAGUCCACGGAGGAGUACGAACAAAUAUUCGCCCCAAAGAAGAAAACGAAGAAGGGCUCUGGGUCAAACAGUGACAGAGAAGGGCAGCAACAGGCCUCAGGAAGGAAUGUGCCCCCUCACCCGUGCACCUCUCCUGGGACGGACACCUCCAGCUGCACCCCUUGGGGACGGGCCUCCCCGGAGCAGGGCCUGUCUCAAGAUGGCUGCCCUGCCGCCCAACAGCAGUCACCCUUCCAGCCUUCACUAGAGUCUGACGUGUCAACAGAGGAUGCAGAAAGGACAGACCUGUCUCCUCUGAGCAGUGGCCACUUGGACAGGAAGAGACCCAGGAAGCCCUCCCACAGGAUCCUGGAGUGCACCAUAGAAGAAGUGUCCGCUGCUCCACCAAAGAAGAAGGAGGUGGAGAACCUUGGUGCAUGUUCCCCUGGGCCCUCUGACCCACAGGCUGUAUCUGUGAAGAAGGAGGUGGCUGCUCUCUCCAGACCCUCAGGUCCCCCUGCCCUUCCAGGUACACCAGCCCCCCCUCUCCCAGCAGCAGCCCAGACCUCCGACAGCAGACCUCCGUCCCCCAGGCCCCCGCGGCCCCCCAGCUCCCCGGUCCUCCACACUCCCAAGGUGGAGGCUAGGGUGGAGGCUAGGGUGGAGGCUAGGGUGGAGGCUAGGGUGGAGGGAGGAAGCCUGCCGGUCAAGCUCACUCCUGGGCAGGCGGCCAGCCAGAGACAGCCUAACGGAGCCAUGGCAACCAAACCAGAGGGGUUCUCUCCCAGUCUGAGUGACAUCUACGCUUCCCCUGGAGACGCCAUGUAUCCUAGCAACCGCAGGCCGGGGGUAGCAACAGCAGGAGCUCUGAGGGAGAACGUGUGCCAGGUGUGUGAGCGGUCGGGGGAUCUGUUGCUGUGUGAGGGUCAGUGCUACGGGGCGUUCCACCUGCAGUGUCUCAGCCUGUCACAGCCUCCCAAGGGGAAGUUUAUCUGUGGAGAAUGCAGAACAGGCGUGCACACCUGCUUCGUCUGCAAGAAGGCGGGCGACGGCGUCAAGCGCUGCCAGAUCCCCAUGUGUGGCAAGUUCUACCACCCCGAGUGUGUGUUCAUCCACACGCCGGCACAGCCCCAGAACAAGGGCUUCCGCUGCUCUCUCCACACCUGUUUGUCCUGCCACAUCGCCAACCCCCUCAACCCCUGCAGCUCCAAAGGUCGUCUGGCCCGGUGCGUGCGCUGCCCCGUGGCUUACCACGCCAACGACUACUGCAUGGCGGCGGGCAGCGUAGUCCUUGCCAACACCAGCGUCCUGUGCCCCAACCACUUCACCCCCCGCAAGGGCUGCAAGAACCACGAGCACAUCAACGUCAGCUGGUGCUUUGUCUGCUCCGAAGGGGGAAGUCUGCUGUGCUGCGAGUCGUGUCCUGCCGCGUUCCACCGGGAGUGUCUGAACAUCGACAUGCCUGCCGGCAGCUGGUUCUGCAACGAGUGCAAGGCUGGGAAGAAGCCCCACUUCAAAGACAUCCUCUGGGUCAAAGUGGGCCGAUACAGGUGGUGGCCGGCGGAGGUGUGUCUUCCCAAGAACGUUCCGGAGAACAUCCUCCGUAUGAAGCACGAGGUCGGGGAGUUCCCCGUCCACUUCUUCGGCUCCAAAGACUUUGUGUGGACCUACCAGGCCAGGGUGUUCCCCUACAUGGAGGGCGACGCCAACAACAAGGAGAAGAUGGGCAAGGGUGCCGACGCGGUCUACAAGAAGGCGCUGAACGAGGCUGCAGAGCGGUUCAGAGAGCUGCAGGCUGAGAAGGAGAUGAAACAGCUGCAGGAGGACAGGAGGAACGACAAGAAGCCCCCCCCCUACAGGCACAUCAAGGUGAACCGUCCAAUCGGGAAGGUGCAGAUCAUCACGGCCGACCUAUCCGAGAUCCCCCGCUGCAACUGCAAGGCGUCGGACGAGAACCCGUGCGGCGUGGACUCUGAGUGCAUCAACCGCAUGCUGAUGUACGAGUGCCACCCCCAGGUGUGUGUGGCCGGGGAGCGCUGCCAGAACCAGGCCUUCACCAAGCGCCAGUACAGCCAGGUGGAGAUCUUCAGGACCCUGGCCAGGGGCUGGGGCCUGCGCUCCGUGUUCGACAUCAAGAAGGGCGCCUUCGUGAACGAGUACGUGGGCGAGGUGAUCGACGAGGAGGAGUGCCGAGCCAGGAUCCGACACGCCCAGGAGAACGACAUCUGCAACUUCUACAUGCUCACGCUGGACAAGGACCGCAUCAUCGACGCCGGGCCCAAGGGGAACCAGGCGCGCUUCAUGAACCACUGCUGCCAGCCCAACUGCGAGACUCAGAAGUGGACGGUGAACGGUGACACCAGGGUGGGGCUGUUUGCCCUGCAGGACAUCCCCAAAGGUGUGGAGCUCACCUUCAACUACAACCUGGAGUGUCUGGGGAACGGGAAGACGGUGUGUAAAUGUGGAGCUCCCAACUGCAGUGGCUUCCUGGGCGUGCGACCCAAGAACCAGCCGCCCGCCGACAAGCUGAAGAUGAAGGAGGGGAAGAAGAAGGCACAGGUGAAGAGGAAGAGCAAGCUGGAGGUGACGAAGGAGCGAGAGGACGAGUGUUUCAGCUGCGGCGACGGAGGACAGAUCGUGUCCUGUAAGAAGCCAGGCUGUCCCAAGGUCUACCACGCUGACUGCCUCAACCUCUCCAAGAGACCCGCAGGUCGCUGGGAGUGUCCCUGGCACCAGUGUGACGAGUGCGGUGGCGAGGCGGCGUCCUUCUGCGAGAUGUGUCCCAACUCCUUCUGCCAGGAGCACCGCGAGGGCAUGCUGUUCAUUUCCAAGCUGGACGGACGCCUCUCCUGCAGCGAGCACGACCCCUGCGGCCCGGAGCCCCUGGAGCCCGGGGAGAUCCGGGAGUACGUACCCAGCAUGACCUCUCUCAGGCCUGGGGGCAUGGCCCCGCCGGCACCCCACCCUCUGGUUCCUCCCAGAGCCCUGGCUGGAUCCUCCUCCGCGGUCCCCCCCUCCACUGCGGCCCUGCCACCCUCCGCUCUCCAGCCCACCACUGAACGGCUCUUCAUCAACACCUCUACCGCCAAGAUCCCCCCCCCCACCUCGGCCCCCGGCCUCGGCCCCUACAGUGACCUGUCUUACAGCGCCGAAGGCAACCUCCAUACCUCUCCCUCCUCCUUCAAGGAGGAAGAGGAGGAGGAGGAUGCAGGGGAGGAAGAGGAGGAGCAGGAUGCAGGGGAGGAGGAGCAGGACGCAGGGGAGGACGAGGAGGACGAGGAGGAGGAAGAUGGUGACCUGGAGGACGGGGAGGUGGAUGGGUUAGACUUUGGGGAGGUGGAGGGGGAUGAGGAUGAGGAGGUAGAGGGGAAUGAGGAUGAGGGGGAUUAUGUUGUAACUAAAACAAUCACAGACGACGAGUAA